AUACACGGAUCCCUUCCUAAAGGUUAAGAUGUGGCUGCUACUCCUCCUGUCAAUAAUACCGCACAUAGCGGCGCAGGCGCAAUGGGUGCCGUGCUCAGAGCUGAACGACGACCUGCGGUACCCCUGCAGGUGUAAAGUCCAGGUGGAUAGAGCUCUUCAGCUGAGAAUCCUGAUGAACUGCGACAGAGUGGUGUUUGCCGGAGAUUUUCCAACGUUGCCGUAUGGUGCUCCUAUCAUAUCGUUCAGCCAGCGUUGGGCUGGACAGCAGAUGCUUCCUACUCAGAUAUUCUCUUCCUACGGUCUACCGCUCAGAGAACUAGACUUUUCACACAACAGUCUCCGAAGACUACCAGACCGUCUUCUGGCUGGAGUUCGAGGGAAUCUGACAAAACUGGCGCUAGCCGACAACCUUCUUGGUGACAAUUUGAACCCGAUAUUCUCCACUGCUGAGCUCCACAAUCUACCAGCUCUAGAAGAAUUGGAUUUAAGUGGAAAUAAUAUCAGAGGAUUGGAGGAAGGACUACUCAUUGGAUGCGAUGUUCUUAAGGUCUUCCGUUUGGAUCGUAAUAACAUGAAUUCUGUACCCGCCUCGUCUCUAAACGGGCCGCAAUCAUUGAAAGUUCUCUCGCUGAGGGAAAAUAGAAUAGCGCUAAUACGCCAAGCAUCCUUUGUGUCCCAGAAGACAUUAGAAGAGAUAGAUCUGCACGGGAACAUGAUAUCCGCCAUUGAAGGAGGGGCUUUUAUAGGCCUGAGCGACUUGCAGACACUUGAUUUCGGCCGUAAUAGGCUCUCCAAGUUUAACAGCGACGUAUUUCAAGGGGCCGAGAAUUUGGAGAAGUUGGACCUCUCGGAGAACUUCAUAAAUGACUUCCCGACGGUUGCCAUUAAAUCUUUUGUCGCCCUUAAACAUUUGAAUCUGUCCAGCAACAUGAUUACGAAUAUUGGAAACAACCACCUGAGUACGUUGACUUCAUUACAAGUAUUAGACCUGAGCAGAAAUAAUUUAGUUAAACUCGCCCCGGGCACAUUUGUUGGUCUCACAGAACUAAAUUAUUUGGAUAUUGGCGUCAAUUCACUGCGCACGGUGGAGGACGACGCUUUCGACGGAUUGACAGGCCUCAAGACACUUCUAUUACGCGACAACAACAUACUAUUGAUUCCAGCGACAGCGCUUUCUCGAUUACCAAAUCUUGUUUCUGUUCAUUUGGGUUUCAACAGGGUGACCGCGUUAUCAAACGACAUUUUGCGAUCUGUGUCAGACAGAGUAACUUCUUUAGUAUUAUCUAGAAAUGUUAUAAGGGAAUUACCGGUGGCUGCCUUUGGACACUUCAAAAUUUUGAAACAUUUGGAUCUAUCAGGAAAUUUACUGAACUCUAUCGCUGCGGAAGUUUUCGAAGGACUGGAACAAUCGCUAGACUUUUUGUCUUUGAGCCAGAACAGAAUUCUCGGAUUUACUGGUCAGCAACUGAAGUUUGUUAAUCUUUGGUUUUUGGAUAUAUCCGAUAAUCAAAUUUCGAAUGUACCGGUGGAAGCGUUUGAAUCGAUUCCUAGUUUAACUCAUUUAAAUAUGAGCCGAAAUUGGCAUAUAAAUGUGUUACCGCAGAAUGUGUUUCAGCAAAAUCAGGCUUUAUUAUCAGUGGACUUAAGUCGUAAUGGCUUAAAGGCGUUACCGGUAAAUCUAUUUUCGAAAAACCUUAAUCUAGAACAUAUUGAUUUGUCUCAUAAUUUACUUCAAGAAAUUUCCGAAAACUCAUUUAAGAAUCUGCGAAAUCUCACUUACUUAGAUUUGUCUUACAAUAAUAUAGUUAACAUAAGGACUCCGUCAUUCGUUAACGUAAUGUCGAUUCAGUACUUAUCUUUGAAAGGUAAUCAAUUGAGUGCUUUCAAAGGCGAAUUCUUCAAUACGGGAACAAGUCUAGAAGUCAUGGAUCUGUCGGAUAAUCAACUUAGUUAUUUGUUCCCGUCGUCGUUCAAAAUCCAUCCUCGUUUAAGAGAAAUCAUACUUACUAACAACAAGUUUAACUUUUUCCCUUCAGAACUUAUAAGUACUUUGCAGUACUUAGAAUUGGUAGAUUUGUCUGGAAACGAAUUGAAAAACGUAGACGAACUCGACUUUGCUCGCCUCCCAAAAUUGAGAACAAUUUUGUUGGCAAGGAACGAACUUGAAACAAUAAGCGAAAUGGCUUUCCAUAAUUCGACUCAAAUACAAUAUUUGGAUUUGUCGAACAACAAGAUCGAUCGGUUGGGAGAUAGGCUAUUUGAGGGGCUUAUACGACUCGAGGUUUUGGACUUGAGCGGCAAUUUACUAACCGAAUUGCCUGACAACAUUUUCGAAAGAAAUAGGCUGCACAUGUUAGAGAAAAUUAUUCUCAGCAGAAAUUCAUUUGAACACGCUCCGCUAAAGGCCUUACAAAAGCAAUACUUUGUAUCUACGGUCGAUUUAUCACACAACCAGAUUGUGGAUAUACCGGGCGAGGAUAGUGUUAUGGUGAAUAUUAAGAAAUUGGAUCUAUCUUUCAAUCCUCUUUCUGAAAAAUCAAUUAGUAAUGUACUGACAGAGCCGAAAACGGUGAGAGAUCUAAAUUUAGCCGGUACUGGAAUUACGGAUAUUGGACAGUUAGAAACACCGUUCCUAUAUAAUUUAAAUUUGUCAUUUAACAACAUCACAAAAAUAUCGGAAAAGACAUUUACCCGAACAACGCUGUUAGAAUCUUUGGAUUUAUCUCAUAAUCAGAUCGCUGAUGUGACUGGAUCGUUGGCAAUUUCUUGGUCUAAAAUGAGAAAUCUCCAACGUUUGAACAUUUCCAGUAAUCCAAUGGUGAUGAUUAUGGACGGUAAUUUUGAAGGUUUAACAUCUCUUCGUAUUUUAGAUAUAACGCAUUUAGAAAAAUGUACCAGGAUAGAGAAAAAUGCUUUUAGGACGCUCGCAAAUCUAGUCGAGUUACGAGCAUACGGCUAUCCACGGUGGUAUAUCGACAUACAAGGUGCUUUACAAUAUGUGCUAGCUUUAGAGAAGUUGGAUGUAGAAGUAAAAGACACUAAUAUUGGUGCUGAUCAAUUACACACAACAUUACACCCAAGGCUUGAAGAACUUGGAAUAAGAGGAUCACGUCUGAAAACUGUGUCUUCUGGCGUGCUUGCUGGAUUGAAGGCUCCAGCCAUCACGGUGCGAUUUAGAAAUACUUCAGUCACUUCUCUACCUCCUGCACUACUGUUCCCAUUACCUAGAUCAUCACAAAUUACAAUAGAUGUAGCUGGUAGUCAACUGACAACUUUGCAACCACAAUUACUUGUAGCCCUUGAUGAUCGUAGGGCGGAUUUGUCUAUGUUCGGCUUGCAUAGUAAUCCUAUUCGCUGCGACUGUAACGCUCGAGCAUUGAGAAGGUGGUUACCCAAUGUUGGUAUUGAUGACGUCCGAUGUGAUUCGCCAGAACAUCUAUCAGGAUUUCUAUUGGUCGAGAUAGGUGAUGACGAACUCACUUGUGAUGCAAAACGGCGAACAACGACAACGUCUACUAGCAUUUCAACUACACCACAACCGCGCCUUGUCCAUCGGACAUCUUCAGAGCCAGAUAUUAUCUGGUCAGUUGCUCCUUCACAUGAUAGACCAAAAUCCGGUGAGCCCAAAGGAGCUCCUGUUAUCGGUGUUGCAGCAACAAGUAAUGAUGAUAAUCUUAUAAUAGGUAUAGUCGGAGGCGUAGUGGCUUUUAUAGCAAUAUUGAUAGUAGCUAUAUGUAUCGUUAGGUUAAGGAUGACUACGACAUCAUACAGAGGUGGUCCUCUGGCUAGUAGUCCUGCAGGAGGUACGCCAGCUAUGUGGGGUGGAGCUUGGCCUGGUUACGCUGCAACUAUGCCACCAGCCUCCUUAUCAAAUGCCACCUUGCCCCAUAAAAUGCAACCAGGACCGGGUUCUGUAAGAUAUCUAGCGCCACCACCACCAGCGCCAUAUUUCAUAAGCAUGCCACCUCAAGACGAUAAAAUAUAUCGGUAGGGAACCAUAAGUUAGAUUAAUGUGGUGUAAAUAUUCGUGUUGAAACUUCGAUAAUUUUAUCAAAGUUUACCUUAAGUAGGUUAUAUCGUUGUAGAUAUCAAUGUGGCUUGAGUUAACAGUUGGACGGCAAAGGAGAAUGCCCAUUCGUGUAUCGGUGUAAUACAUGUAUAGUUUUUCAUGUUAUGUUUUUAAAACCAAAUACAAACGUACGAGAAUAUUAAGCGUCGCGCAGACUCUGCAAUUUUUUUUUCUGAGAAACUCUUCACUAUUGUAAUAUUGUCAGUCAUGAAGUUGCUAUUAACGUAUACUGAUACCGAAAUUCUUUGAAGCAUGGGCAGUCUUCUUUACUUUUGUAAACAAUUACGAUUUAAUGCUUUAAGUGCUAUUUUUCUGACUUAAUAGUUUAUAAGUCACCAGUGACACAGCAAAUCCAAAUCGUGGUUUGGUUUAAUUGUUUCUUUUCUUUCUUACUUCUGUAUAAAAUAUUUAUGUUAAAGUUUUUACUGAUUCUUACGAUAGCAUUAUUGUGUACUUUAGCAAUAAAAUAUUUAAGAACUUAA